AAUCUGAACAAAGCGAAAAGCUUCUCGUAUAAACUUCUGAAAUUGCUCUCCUUCUAGGGUUUAAGAUUUUCCCCCAAAUCCCCAACUGAAAAAUCUAUAGGGUUUCAGUUCUUGGCAAUUCACAGAACCAGCCAUGGCGCGUAAUGAAGAGAAAGCUCAGUCAAUGUUAAAUCGAUUCAUCACAAUGAAAGAAGAAGAAAAGAAAAAGCCCAAAGAACGGCGCCCAUAUUUAGCCUCAGAGUGUCGAGAUUUAGCUGAAGCAGACAAAUGGAGGCAGCAAAUUAUGCGAGAAAUCGGUCGAAAAGUAGCCGAGAUCCAAAACGAAGGAUUAGGAGAACACAGAUUAAGAGACCUAAAUGAUGAGAUUAAUAAGUUGAUUAGAGAAAAAGGACAUUGGGAAAGGAGGAUUAUUGAACUUGGUGGGCCUAAUUAUACUAAGCAUUCGGCUAAAAUGACGGAUUUGGAAGGGAAUAUUGUUGAUGUUCCAAACCCGGGUGGACGUGGUCCUGGGUAUAGGUAUUUUGGUGCUGCGAAGAAGUUGCCUGGUGUUAGGGAGUUGUUUGAGAAACCUCCUGAAUUGCGAAAACGAAGAACAAGGUAUGAUAUAUACAAGAGGAUUGAUGCCAGCUACUACGGGUACAGAGAUGAAGAGGAUGGAAUAUUGGAGAAGUUGGAGGGACCAGCAGAGAAGAAGAUGCAGGCUGCAGCUGUGAAAGAAUGGAUGGAGAUGGAAGAGAUAAAGAGGGAAGCCAUGAAGGCGGUAAAAAGUGGGGAGGUAGUGGAGGUGGGUUUGGGAUCAAAGAUAUUGUUCGAGGAGGAAGAGGAUGUGAUCGAGGAGGAGAGGAGGCAAAAGGAGAGGGAGGAGGAGAAAGAAAAAGAAUUUGUGGUACAUGUACCAUUGCCGGACGAGAAGGAGAUUGAAAGGAUGGUAGUGGAGCAGAAGAAGAUGGAGCUCUUGAGCAAGUAUGCUAGUGAGGAUUUAAUGGAAGAGCAAAUGGAAGCUAAGGCCAUGCUCAACAUUCAAAGGUAGGUGAUAACGCCAGGCCUUAGUUAAACUAUUACAUAGAGCAUGUGUUUCUACUCUGAUGUAAAGAGGAGACUCUGUUUAGGAGUUCUUGUUGCCUUUCCCCGCAGAUCUGGGAUUAAUGCUACCGUAGUAGCGCGUUUGUACUUCUUUCAAGUGUAGCAAUGAAUAGAAUGAUAAUUUCAAGCUUCUGUUUUCUCCCAGACCACGAGGCUUCAGUUAAUGCUAUAGUUCCAAUGCUUUCUAUAGUUCA